AGGACAAAGACAAGUCCAUCUCUCCUUUCCUGGAGUUGAGAAAAGCAAAACAACAUAAUUUUUUUUAUUUAUUUUUCUGUCCCUUCCUUGUUAUAUCCGUGUUCUCUCCCCAUUCCAAACUUCAACCUAUGAACAGAAGUCAACAUUAUCCCUGUUGCAACUGGAAUCAUUCUACAAUGACUAGCUUUGUCUAUAUGACCUAAAUCUUAUCUUGAGGAUUGUAUUAUAUUCUCAGCAAGGUGAUGUCUCAGUUGGGGAUUUUUUGUUUUGUUUUGUUUUGUUUUUUGGUUGCAUUUUUUUUAAGCGGUAAUCAGCAUUCCUUUCUUUCACUGUGGGUUUUCAUCUUGGCCAAAGCAAAGACACCAAACAUUAUUUCUCUUUCUUGGUUUUUGGUGACAAAUAGUUUUCAGAGUUGCUUAAACAUUAUGUUUCUUGCAUAUAAGAGCAUCUUGCUCUUUCAAAAUUAAAGAGGAAGAAAAAUCUCUAAUAUAAAGCAAAAACAUUCUAGGCACUAAAUAAUUCUACAAAAGUUACCAGAUAAUCUGCUAUUUUAAAUUUUUAAAUAACUUUUAUUUUAAUGUAUUAAGUUACCUAACAAUUACUUUUGAUGAUAAGUUUCCCCCAUUUACUUUCUAAGAUAGUUGAUAAUUACAGUGCUAUUAAAGAGUUGUUUGUAUUCUAUAAAGUUGAGUUAUUGCCAUUUUUGUUCUCUACCUUUAAUUAUUUCUGAAUUAAUUUAUAGCUCACUUCCUUUCUCAUAUUUCCAGCAGUAAAAUUCAUGAACACUAUCUUUUUGUCUUUUCUUUUUCAUAAAAUAAUAGCCAAAAUUUAUAUAAUGCUUUAAAGUUUGCAAAAUGUUUUAUUUAUAUUUCAUCAUUUUAUUUUCUCAUCACCUAUCUCACCUAUACUGGAAGUAUUAUGAUGGCCAGUCAUGAACAUGACCCCAUUGCUGAUUGGCGCAGAAGCUUUGAAUUUGCUCAGUUUCCAACCUGAGCUACUUCACCUCUUCCUUAUGCAGCGUAUUGGACCCUGCUCACAGUGGCGGCUAUGUUGGUGCUAGAUUUAGUGUGGACACACUUUAUUAACUUUGGCCCUCCUAGAGCUCAGAACUCUAAAACUCCAAUGUCUUUCAGCUUCAGCAUCCACUAGUAGCAGAGCAUACUGUUGUGUCCAGACUAGCUCUCUAGAGGACCUGGCCACCAGCCCGAGUCCUUGGUCUUAGAGGAAGAGUGAAAAGGCAGGACUCACGCGAAUGAUCAAACGUGGAGUCCCUUUAUUCCAAUAUCAGCCUUAUAAACCCUAAUAUCCUUACAUAACUAUAGCACACUGCUCAUGCAUCCAGAAUAUACUGAGCACAUGGGACCAAAUAAACAACUUGUUAUUGUAUGUAGUUUGCCACCUGGUAUCACUCUUCCACCUGGUAUCACUCUGCUUCAAUCACAACACAGGUUGUUCCCCUGACUUCUCAGGAAGGCAGAGAAUCCUUAGUGGAGAUGGGGAGCCAAGCCAGACAUUGUCAGCAGGUUCCCUCUGGGCUGAAGGGUCUUAUAUCUCACCCAGAGUUCCCUCACUAUUUGUGGCCCUCUACAGCAUACAGAUAUACAAUACCAAAUUUGGCAAUUUGCCUUUCUUAAAAUAUUCCAAACAAAAUUUAAAUGUUUCUUAAUGUCAGGAUCAUUAUGAAAAUUCUAUAUUGCUGCCAGUUCCAAUAAUCUUGUGAUGAAGAAAGACAUUUACACCCAGAGAGAGGACUAUGGAAACUGAAUGUGGAUCACAACAUAACAUUCUCACUCUUUCUGUUGUUCUUCACUUUCUUUUUUUAAAUCUGAUUUUUCUUGGCAGCAAGAGAAUUGUAUAAAUAUGUUUAUACAUAUUGGAUUUAGCAUAUAUUUUAACAUGCUUAACUUAUACUGGAUUGCCUGCCAUCUAGGUGAGGCGAAGGAGGAAAAAAUCUGAAACAUAAGGCUGUGCAAGGGUUAAUGUUGUCAAAUUAUCCAUGCAUAUGUUUUGAAAAUGAAAAAGCUUUACUUAAAAAAAAAAAAAAGAAUAUACAGAAGAACUAUACCAAAAAAAAAAAAAAGUUCUGUAUUGCACCUCUAAAUUUAUUGGAGUGCAGAUGUCUCUUCCAUGUCUAUGUUAAACACUACAAUAUUUUAGUUACAAUAUUAAGCUUGUUUACUUUUUUAAAAAAAUAACUUUUCUAUCUUCUCUGCUAUCAGGCUCGGUUGAUAUUUUACAUGUUAUAGAGAGUAUUAUGGAAAAUAGGCUUGCCUAUACCAGUAUUUUCUUUCAAUAUAAUUUCUAGUUUCCAGUUUGUUUGGGGUUGAGGAAUGAAAUAACCAACCCCAUUAAAAUACAUGCAAAGUAAAAAUUUAUAGUCCCUAUACAAAGAGUAAAACAUAAAUGUUCUCUUUAGUUCUGGAAUCUUUAUUUUCACUUCUCAAAGUCAAAGUCUCGCUGUCUCUGUCUCACCUCUCUUCUCUCUGUCUCUGUCUCUCUCUGUGUGUCUCUAUCUCUCUGUCUCUGUUUUUCGUCUCUGUCUCUCUGUGUGUCUCUGUCUCUCUGUCUCUGUCUCUCUGUCUCUCUGUCUCUCUCCCCUACCUGAUUCUCAGCUGUGUUCUAGACAAGCAACUUUGCAAGAAAACUGAAGUAUUGAUAGGGAAAGUAUUAGCCUAUCUGUGUUUUCUAGGGAGUGUUCGCUGAUAGAAUAUUUUUUUCUAGUUUUGAUAGAAAGCUGGAUCCACAGAACCAGGAGAUCAUUAUAUACCUCAACAACGAUACUGUUUGAGGAUGUAUUCUGAUGGAAGUGGAUCUCUUCGAAAAAGAGAUCUAAUUCAGUUUCAAUUGAUCAAAGAUGGACAGAAGCAGCUACACCCAAAGAAAGAACAUUGGGAAAUGAAUAUAAACUGCUUGAAUUUUUGUUUUCUUCCCGGGUUAUUUAUACCUUCUGAAUUCAAUUCUCCCUGUGCAACAAGAAAACUGUUCGGUUCUGCACAUAUAUAUUGUAUCUAGGAUAUACUGUAACCAACUGCUUGUCAUCUGGGGGAGGGGGUACAGGGAGGGAAGGGAAAAAUCGGAACAGAAGUGAGUGCAAGGGAUAAUGUUGUAAAAAAAUUUCCCUGGCAUGGGUUCUGUCAAUAAAAAGUUAUUAAAAAAAAGAAAAAGAAAAAGAAAAGCUGGCUCUAGGCCAUAAUCCAGGCAAAAACCUCCCCAUGUAUGUCAGUGUUUUAAUUCUCUACAAUCAAAACAGCAAUAAGUUAACAGUUUUAUACAAUAACAUUACAAAGUAAUAAACAAUGUUCACAAAGUACAUGGCCCAAAAGAGGAAAACUACUUUGAAAUGGAUGUUGAUUAAAACGCUUGUCAUUUAAUCAUGUGUAUAAAUGCUUGAUAUCCUAUCACAUAUGACACACAUUAGUCUAUCAACAAAUCUAGGAAUAGUAGAGAAUUAUAUGAUUCAGCUAUAUAUUCCAGACCCAGCUAGCACUCAUAUAUUUGUUGUCUUUGCUGGCCAUGCAGAUUAUGUCAAACCCUGAUGCAAAAAUGGAAGAAAGUCAAAGUCUCAACCUGGAAGAGGACUUUGAAGGACAGGCUACGCAUACAGGUCCCAAAGGAGUUAUCAAUGAUUGGAGAAAAUUUAAGUUAGAAAGUGAAGAUAGUGAUUCCAUUCCACCUAGCAAGAAGGAAAUUCUCAGACAAAUGUCUUCUCCUCAGUAUCGAGAUGAUAACACAAAACAAAAAUUCGGCAGAAAGAUGAGUGUGCAAGAAUAUGAACUCAUCCACCAGGACAAAGAGGAUGAGAAUUGUCUCCGUAAAUACCGCAAACAAUGCAUGCAAGACAUGCACCAGAAGCUAAGCUUUGGACCCAGGUAUGGGUUUGUAAUUGAGCUGGAGAGUGGCGAGCAGUUCUUGGAGGCCAUUGAGAAGGAACAGAAAAUAACUACUGUCAUUGUUCACAUCUAUGAGGAUGGUAUCAAGGGCUGUGAGGCCCUGAACAAUAGCUUAAAUUGCCUUGCUGUUGAAUAUUCUAUGGUAAAAUUUUGUAAAAUCAAAGCUUCUAACACAGGUGCUGGGGAUCGCUUCUCCUCAGAUGUGCUUCCAACAUUGCUGGUCUACAAAGGUGGGGAGCUUAUCAGUAAUUUCAUUAGUGUCACUGAGCAGUUUGCUGAAGAUUUUUUUGCUGUGGAUAUUGAGUGCUUUCUUAAUGAGUAUGGGUUACUUCCUGAAAGAGAAAUUCAUGCACUGGAGCAGGCUACCAUGGAAGAUGAAGAUAUUGAAUAAUUUGAGGUAUAAUAUUUCAAUAUCUCAAAUUUCUCUUGUUUGAAUUACAAAGAGAUCUCUUUUCCUUUUUUCUUUUUUGGUUUAGAAAAAAAUCUGUAAAUGGUAAUUCCUAACUGUAACAUGUAAAAACCUAACACAAUAAGUAAAUUCCUGGAUUACGUGGAUUUCUUAGCCUUGAAUAUGUCAGCUUUAUUUUCAAGUCAAUAAUAUUACCCCUUUACUAUGUGUUAGGAUAUAGCCUUCAGCAAUGUUAUAGAUAGAUUAAAAGAGAACUGAUAUCUUGACAUUUUGGACAAAAUCUAUUUUCCUUUUCUGAAUUAAAAAAUCUGCUUUUUCUCCUUUUGUUUUGUCCGCAAAAUUACUGUUUGAGAAUUAAAUAUAUUCUGAUUAUGUAAUAUUAAUAAAGCUUCAAGAGUAAA